AUGGCUCGUAUAAUUCUUCUUGGUGGGACCGUUUUUUGUCAGGUUUUGCUGCGCUUGCUGUCUAUAGCUUCAGCCCAGAUCGCAUAUUCCAUUUCAGAGGAGGUGAACACGGGGACGUUUGUUGGAAAUGUCGCAAAGGAUCUUAAUUUGAAUGUCCAAGAACUGGAAUCACGCGGAUUUCAUAUCCCCGCAGUUUUGGGAAGGACAUAUUUUGAUGUCAAUUUGAAAACCGGUGUUCUGUUUGUCAGCGAAAGGAUCGACAGGGAGGAAUUUUGUCCAGCCUCACCGCAAUGUUCAGUGAAUUUAGAAGCCAUUGUUGAUAAUCCGUUAAACCUGUUUCGCAUUGAGAUAAACAUUUUAGACAUUAAUGACAAUGCUCCGUCGUUUCGUAUGAAUUCUAAGCAAUUUCAUAUUUCAGAAUUGUCCUUUGUUGGAGACCGAUUUCAGCUGCCUAGAGCGUCGGACCCUGAUGUAGGAGCGAACUCGGUUAAAAGCUACAAGCUGAGUCCAAACGAACACUUUUCUCUGGAUGUACAAAGCGGAGGAAAGCAGAGCGUGUCGUCUGAGUUAGUAUUGCAGAAAGCUUUAGAUCGAGAAAAACAGCCUGUGAUCCAGCUCACACUGACUGCUGUAGACGGAGGAAAACCUCCCAAAUCAGGUACAAUGCAGAUAGUCAUAAAUGUGCAAGAUGUGAAUGAUAACGCACCAGUGUUUGGUAAUGCUCUUUACAAAGUGCAACUUGUUGAAAAUGCACCAGUGGGAACAUUAGUCAUAAAUCUAAAUGCCACUGAUGUAGAUGAGGGUGUGAAUAGUGAAAUUGUUUAUUCUUUAGUGCACCAAGACAGCGAUGACAAAGCAAAUAGCGUUUUUAAAAUGGACUCUUCCACCGGCGUGAUUUCAGUGCAGGGCAGUGUGGAUUUUGAGCAACACAAUGCAUACGAGAUUCAUGCUCAGGCUAAAGACAAAGGGUCGAGUCCGCGAUCCGCGCACUGUAAAAUAUUAGUAGAGGUUUUGGAUUUAAACGACAAUGAGCCAGAAAUAUCAUUAAUGUCACAAGUGAACACAGUAAGGGAGGAUGCUAAAAAAGAAACAACGGUUGCGUUGAUAACGAUAUCGGACAAAGACUCGGGAAAGAAUGGGAAUACGCAUGGGAAAGUGGUAGGUGAUGUUCCUUUUAAAUUACAGUCGUCGUAUAAAAACUAUUAUUCUCUUGUAGUGGAUGGGCCGUUGAAUAGAGAGCAUGUUGAUCGAUAUAAUGUCACAAUCAUGGCGUCAGAUGAAGGGACCCCGCCUCUUUCUGCCACUCGUGUUUUUACAGUAUAUGUAUCUGAUGUUAAUGACAAUCCGCCAUGUUUCCCAAAUCCUGUCAUAAAUAUCUUCGUAAAAGAAAAUGGCCCUAAAGGCCAAAUCAUUUACACUAUUUCAGCUGUUGAUCCAGAUUUAGAUGAAAAUUCCAAAAUUACUUAUGGAUUAUUGAAACCACUUCAUAAAUCUGGAAAUACAUAUUCUGCUGUUAGUAUAAACCCUGAUAGUGGGGAUAUACACAGUUUACAGUCAUUUAACUAUGAGGAGACAAAAACAUUUCAGUUCAAAGUUCAGGCCACAGACUCUGGUGUUCCUCCGCUCAGCAGUAACGUGACUGUCAAUGUUUUUAUCCUGGAUGAGAAUGACAACAGUCCCGCCGGUUCUCGCGCCCUAUUCCGAGCUCGGUUCCGUUAA